UCUCUCUUCUCUCUCUCUCUCUCUCUCUCUUUCUUUCUUUCGUUUCCUCUCCCUCUAUCCUUCCUUUGCUUUUGUGACACGGUUGGGCGCCCCUUUUCUCAAUGUCACCUGUUUACAUUCUACGAGCAACAAGUCAAAGCGUUCCAAAUAGUCUCGUCCUUGCUCUUCGACCAGAAUGGAGGAAGCUAGGACCUUGCUCGCAAGGCCCCUUCGUGAUCAUGGCGAUGAUGACGACAACAAAACUCGAAUGGAAAUGAGGUCAUCGUUGAAUUCGGUGGAUACGAUUCCGUGGGGCGAUGACGCCUGCCAUUCGUCAUCGUCGUCUUAUUCGGCUAUUGAUUUUGAUCCGAAGGGCCAGCAAUCUCCCCCACCGGACGCACCGGACGACCUCCGUAAUUUACUUGCAAUCGUCAAAACAGGCGAUGUCGCGAAGCUGAACGAACUGGUGGACGAUGUCGGCAAGCAGGGUAUAUUGACCGUCAUCACAGAGCAGGAUGGAAAGAAAACAAACCCUCUCCAUAUUGCUGUUCUACACGGUGACGUGGAGGUGGUCAAUACAUUGAUGGCUUGUGGAACAGAUGAUCUGGUAAGCAACGUCGAUCACCAUAAAAACACACCUCUCCAUGUGGCGAGCUCGGCGGGUCAUCUCGACAUCGUCAAAGACCUCGUCUGUAGGGGCGCUUCGAUGAACUGCGAAAACCGAGACAGACAGACGGCCCUUCAUCUGGCUUGUAACCACGAUAGGGCGAAGAUUGCAAGCUUUCUCUUCGAAAACGGUGCUGACAUCACAAUCCAUGACUCGACCUACCUCAGCCCGCUGCAGGUGGCCAUAAACCACGACAGCUUUGAUGCCCUUCUCACACUGCUUAGGUGUUUGGUAUCGUCGAGUCGAAAACAUCAUGAAGUAGGAGCUGAGAUUCAGAGAUGGGCAGCGGCAAACAACAAAGCAGCCGCGCUCAGCAAGAUUCUGGAGAGUGACGUACGGUUCCCUACUCUGUCUGAUAGGGAUAUCAUGGAUUUUAUUAUGGAUGCCGUGAAGAACAGACACAAAGAGUUGGUGAUGGUGCUCCUCAACUGGUCCCAUCAGACCGUUGUACAUCACACGGACGCAGGAGGGAACACACCCUUGCACUACGCCGCCGAGAUUGGUGAUACCGUCAUCAUGCUUGAACUCAUCAAGGCUAGGGCUCACGUCAAUGCAAAGAAUUCCCAGAGAGAAGGUGAGCGGACCCCUUUGCACCUUGCUGCGGGGAACGGCUGGACUAGACCAGCUGGAAUACUGCUACAUUAUCACGCUCACAUCGAUGAGAGGGACCAGAGCGAGAUGACACCCCUGCACCACGCGUGUAUGAACGGCCAGAUUGAGAUGGUGGAGAUGCUACUCUUCGAUCAGGACGACGACCUCAUCACCAACAAGGCCAACGCAGUCGUGUGUGACGAGGACGGACGGACAUGUCUUGAUCACGCCAUCGACAACGGAUAUGAGGAUGUAGCAAAGCUGAUUCUCCGCCAUUCAAAAUGGCGAGAACUGAUGUGUAUCUCGAGUCUGGAUGAGGAGACUAACUAUCGGACCACGCCCAUGAGAAAACUCAUCCAGUCAAUGCCUGAUGUAGCGCAGAUAGUACUUGAUCGUUGCAUCACAGUGACUGGUGGAGAAUACUCGUCCAAACCCAGUAAGACUAAGACGGUGGAGUUCUACUAUGAAUUCCUUGAAGACACUUUCUCCCCAUGGAUCAGACAACCUGAAGACGGUGGCAAACAGGAAGGGCUUCUGAACAGAGUCUAUCAUAGGUUAUCAACAAUGAGAGGAUCCUAUCACUCAGCUAAAGCGAAGAAUUCCCAAUUCGACAUCAAAGGUCGUUUGAAGCGCAGUGCCUGGCCCUACAUCACAGACCCUCGAGAACGGUUCUUGAACCAUCCCCUGCAGAUCAUGACGAGCCUUCAGCGCGAGAGUCUCCUCGAUCACCCCGUCGUCACCACCUUCCUGCAUCACAAGUGGGUCUCGGUGGGUCGCUACGCCUUCAUCUCCUCCCUCGUCAUCUACCUUCUCUUCCUCUUCAUGCUGACCGGGUUCAUCAUCGUCAUGCCACCCAGCUACUAUGUCCAGUCUUUCAACCACACCCUGGAGAACCCGGAUCGCAUCACCUGGAAGGCCGAUGGGAAGCAGAGAUGGGUGGACAGCGCCUCGCAUUUCAACGUGCUCAUCUUCAACCGGUUUGGGUACAUCGUCAUCAUCGCCCUGUCCGUGCUCAAUUUAUUCAGAGAGAUUAUACAGAUGGCAGUUCACAGACUAAACUACUUCAAGAGUGCUAACAACUAUCUGGAGCUCUUCUUAUACAUCGCCGCUAUCCUGUUCACCCUGCCACGGGGUGACGUCGAAUUCGUCAACAAUGGUCAUCUUAUACAGCCAUGGCAGUGGCCCUUAGGUGCCUGUGCAGGGUUUCUGGCUUGGAUCAACCUGGUUCUCUUCAUGAGAAGAUCAUCCUUACUGGGCAUCUAUGUCAUCAUGUUCUUAGAUAUCACACGAACUUUCCUGAAGUUUGCAUUCAUCCUGUUCAUUGUUGUCAUGGCAUUCGCACUGACAUUCUACGCUUUGCUGAUGAACAAGAGCGCGUUUCACACUGUGGGCGACUCAUUGGCCAAGACUUUCGUCAUGAUGAUAGGCGAGUUUGAUUUUGAAAGCAUUUUCUUCAGUAGCGACUACAUGGAAUCCCAGUCCACUUCUUUCACCGACUCUCUCUUCAUACCAAAACUGACCUAUGUUUUCUUCAUCCUCUUCGUCGUGCUCAUGCCUAUUAUCAUGAUGAACAUGUUGGUUGGUUUAGCGGUUGAUGACAUCCAAGCUAUUCAAGCCAAAGCACACCUUCAUCGACUUACAAUGCAGGUUGAUUAUGUGAUGGAGCUGCAGUGUAAAUUUCCGCUGUGGGUAUGGAGAUCGUCUGUUAUUCGUAGGAAGGCAUUCGUCGUGAGUAAGACGAGGGUCGGCAAAUGGAUGCAGCUAAUUUCGAGUCUGAGGAAAGAACUGAAGAAAGCGAUUAAAAUUUGCAAUAACAAACAGCUUGCGGACGAGGAUCGGAUCAAGGAUAUUUCCCUGAAGGUAGAUGAGGUUAUCCAUGAUAUGAGAGAAAGGCAUGGUAAACAGGUCCAGGAGUCGGAGAGCGUUCAGAACUCGCAGAAGAGUAUCCACCAUCGAGUGGUUCAUCUGGAAGACAGCAUGAAACUCCUGCACAAGAAGAUUGAUGCCUUACUCGAGAGGAAGACAGAGCAGCAAAGAGAUUAAUAUUCUUAACAACUAAGCCCCCACCCCCCCUCCUUCUUCCUCCUCUCUUUUCUCAAAGUGAGGCGGUCCGUAAAAUGAAAGAGACUUAGCAAACGAGUCCAGGUUAUGGAGAGUUUUUAGAACUCACGAAAGAACAUUUUGGAAGACAGUGUGAACUCCCACUCAAGAAGAUGAAUGCCUUU